CGACUCCUCACGAACUAGUCCGUUUCCGUGCGCCGCUGCUGACGAGGGAGUGGGAGGGAUCAUGGUGGCGCCGGAUGUGAAGGCGGAGACGAUGAAGCUGAUGGAUCAGCGGGGUGCCCUAGAGGCGGAGAUGGACGCCAUCAUCGCCCGCCUCACUGCGGCAGGCGGACCGGGCAUCACCGGCGGCCUCGUCGACGCCGAGGGUUUCCCAAGGUCCGACAUCGACAUACCGAACGUCCUCGCCCAGCGCCGGAGGCUUGCUGAAUUGCGAAAUGACCACAAGGAUAUUACAAACAAAAUUGGUAAAAAUCUUGAGGUUUUACACUCAGCAAAGUUAUCAAGGAAUGAACAAUCAACCUCAAGGAGAUCUGAUACAACAGAUCCUUCACACUUUGGAUCAUCUCAAAGUGAACCUAUGGAAGAGGACCAUGUGACUGGACUUCCUUUUGCCAUGAUUGAUGAAAUCGCUGAUGGUUCUCCUGCUUCUGUGGAUGGUUUGCAACUUGGAGAUGAGAUUGUAAAGUUUGGGAAUGUGGAAGCUGGUGAUCAGUUGCAGGAAAGGCUCAUGUCUGAAGCUCUUUCCAAUGAGGACAGUCAAGUAUCUUUAGUCAUCAUUCGCCAGGGAUCAGCGGUGAAUUUAACAAUUACACCAAGGAAGUGGCAUGGAAGAGGACUUCUGGGGUGCCAUUUCAGAAUGCUAUGAAGAGUCCGUCGUUCUUCAGCAGGAUGCGUUGGUCUAUCGAUGCCAUUUCAGCCGCAAAGUGAACUGAUUUAACCGAAUGUGUGACAUCUUCCAAAAUACUGGUUGCGUGUACUUAACUUGUGGAGCGCUUGAAACAUACUAGUGUACCAGGCUGCCUGUGUUGAGACAUUUUACUUGUACACAUGGUCGGUUUUCGUUCUUCCUCGCUUGCGUAUCGGUAUCGCACACCAACUUGAAAUUGAAAGUCGUCAACGUUCUUCUAGUUCAUACGGUCAGGACCCUGAGUUUGCAUCAAUCAACAGCUAAAAAAGGGCCAUAUGCUAGCGAUGCAAGUUUGAAUCCAUGAGCAGAUUAGGGAACCUUUGGUAUCAGCUCUACACCUUCUGUAGGGAUGUUUCUGUCACGCUUGAGAAUAAUAUAUGAGGCUAAC